UUUGGACUAGCGCACAGCACAGGCCAGCAGGCACAGUUCAGGCCAGUCCAACUCGAGACACAACUGAGGUUAAUGUUUGGCACCUAGAUACCAUGGAAACUAGGUACCCAGCUCAAUAAGAGGCACACACCCCUCGUCAAAUGUGGACUCCCCGACUCGAGAUACCCAUCUUCGGGCCGGCGUCCGCCUCGCCAGCCGUCUCCCUGGGAGCGGCGCGCCUGGAGCUCAAUGCCGCCGGCUCCUACCCCCUCGGCGGGACCACGCCGUCAGCCUCGGAGCUCGGCGACACCGCGGCGGCAGCAGCACUGGCAGGGUCCUCCUCCUCCCCGGCGGCGUCUGCGACGCUGAGGGUCAUGAUCCGGCCCCGCGGCCCGCCCGCGGACGGGUCGCCAGAUUUUCUGUACGCGUCGGGCGAGCUUGCCGAGAUGCGGGAGGCCAUCGUCGGGUUCGGGCGGUCGGGCUUGCUGGACCCGGAGAGGGGUGACGGGUUCGUGUUUGGUGUGCUGAGGCGAGCCGGUGGCGGGGGAGGAGGGGUGGUUGUGGAUGUCGAAAGGAAUGCCGAGCUGGUUCGCCUGGCAUGGCCAUUCAAGUGUGUGUUCCAUCGAGCCUUUGACGAUGUUGUCGGCAGCGUUGCUCGUCUGGGCCAAGGGGGUGGUGAUGGGCAGCACCAGACGACAACCGAGGUGUGGAAGGCUGCCCUCGAGGACGUCAUUGACUGCGGUUUCAGCGGGGUAUUAACGUCCGGGGGACCGGGUACUGCACCAGGAAAUGCCCUCGUCCUGAACGGUAUCGUUGCUGGCGCGAAGGAACGGAUCGAAGUUGUUGUUGGAGGUGGAGUCAGGAGCACGAAUGUGCGGGACUUGGCCUUGGCUAUCCGCCAUGACACCUCGCCAGUUUGGUUUCACUCGUCCUGCCUGACGUCUAAAGAUGGAGGCGAGGAAGUUGAUGGCGAGGAGGUUAGAUAUAUUUCACGGGAAUUGGGACUUCUACAGGGUGAAGGUAGCAAGUCGAAAUGAGUGAUACCCCAGGAGGAGUCGGAAUGAACCCGAAGGUGGACAGUGAGCCCCUGAGAUCAAAACCCGUGCUCUGUGUGAGCUUGCAAAAUCCAUUGCCAACAGGCCAAGGGCUGAAAAUUUGCUCUAUAACCUAGACGAAUCAUUUCCAAAUCACAGUACAGGCUGUUCCAAUUCAACAUUGCAGAGGAGCUGCUCCAUUCUGAUUCCAUUUCCUUGCCCGUCAGGGGGUCCUUUGGGAUGUCGAGAGUGGGGCUCCGGCAGUCUGUGCUCCCCCAACCACGAGGUAG